UCACUAUGAGCAAGACCGGAGUGCACUUAAGCGGAAAGAAUGGGAGAGAAGAAACCAGGAAGUCCAGCAAGAUGAAGAUCUCUUUGCUUCAGGUUUUAACCUCUUUGGGGAACCCUACAAGACAAAUAAAGGCGAUGCCCUUGCAAACCGUGUCCAGAACACACUGGGAAAUUACGAUGAGAUGAAGGAUCUGUUAACCAACCAUUCCAACCAGAGCCACCUUGUAGGAAUCCCAAAGAAUUCUGUCCCGCAGACACCCAUCGACAAAAAUGAACAGAACUUUUUCCCUGAACCAAGAAACAGGAUGAUCCCAUCUCAUCAGAUCAGUGGCCACUCAUCGACAUCAAUGCCUCCGCCUUCUUCAUUGUCAUCUAAUUCGGCUUUGCUACACGGUCACCAGAGCAGCAGGAAGUCGAGGACAGACUGGUCACGUGGCGGUCACAACGCUAGCGGGGCCCAGCCAAGCCAGUCGAGUAGUCAGCAAAGUCGGACAAAGCAUAGCUCUUCUCAUGACCAGCCACAGGGCAGGUAUGAAGACCUCUAUAACUGUCAGAGUGAGCAGCAUAAAAGUGGAGGAACUGAGGAAGCAAAUUCUAUGGCAGCAUCUUCGCAUUCGAGGAGGCAUGCUCAUUCCAAGUCAGCACCUGGAGAACAUACUUACAAAGAAAACAGUCAUUCGAAGUCACCCACAGAGCUUGAAUUUGUCAGUCAUGGUCCUGGAUCUCCCCUUCCUUCCACUUCUUUGUUAUCUGCAAACAAUGGUCUCACGACCCAGAAUUUCCCACCAGGACUUCACUGUAAAAACAGCAUGGUCCAGCAAAAGCCUACCGCCUACGUCAGGCCUAUGGAUGGUCAGGACCAGGUACCCAAUGACUCGCCUGAACUCAAACCACCGGUAGAAAUUGAGAGUGGAUAUGGAAACCAGUCCUUUGGAACCCUGCUGGAAGGAAAAGUGAACACUCCUAGUUCGAAGAACAAAGUACCAAAGCUCAACAUUCCUCCUGUUAGUGAA